CAGGAACAUACCUUUACUGAGUGAGUGCAGCCAGGAGCAAGCUGACUACAAGCUUAAGGACCUUCUAUAUGAGAUUUCAAGUCAACCAUGAACAGCAGUUCUAUGCCACCCUCGUUCCUCCUGAUAGGCAUGCCUGGAAUGGAAGAUGCUUAUCGAUGGAUUUCCAUCCCAUUCUGUCUCCUGUUUUUCACUUCCUUUGUUGGGAACGGAUUGGUCCUCUUGGUGAUUGUGCGAGAUGAUAAACUUCACCAGCCCAUGUACAUGUUCCUGUCCAUGUUAGCCAUCUGUGACCUCUUCUUCUCCCUCUUUACGAGUCCUUCUGUGCUUGGAAUCUACUGGUUUAAUUCCCAAAAGAUUAAGUCACACAUUUGCCUCUUACAGAUGUUCUUCCUCCACUCACUCUCAGUCAUUGAGUCAGCUCUUCUGGUAGCAAUGGCCUUGGAUCGCUUUGUGGCUAUUUGUUAUCCACUGAGAUACACAGCCAUUCUCACCAACUCAGCCGUAUGUAAGAUUGGCCUUGCAUCUGCCAUUCGUGGCACAGUAAUCCAUUUCCCACCAGUCAGCAGUCUGAAAUUCUUGCCUUAUUGUAAUGGAAACAUGUUGUCUCAUUCUUAUUGUUUGCACCAGGAUGUAAUGAAGCUGGCGUGUAAGGGAACCAAUAUCUUUAACAUCAUGUAUGGUUUAGCUAUCAUCCUCUCCACUGUAACCUUGGAUGUAGUGCUUAUUGUCCUUUCCUACAUCAUGAUUAUCAGAGCAGUGCUUGGUAUCACGUCACAUACUGAACGUUAUAAAUCAUUUAACACAUGUAUAUCCCAUCUCUGUGCUGUGCUCCUUUUCUACGUUCCUGUGGUGGCUUUGUCAAUGAUCCAUAGGUUUGGAAUAGUUGUCCCUCCCGUGUUCACGCAAGUCAUGGCCAAUGUCUACAUGCUUGUCCCACCGAUGCUCAAUCCAAUCAUUUAUAGCAUCAAGAGCAAGCAAAUCCGUAGCGGUUUCCUUAGAGUCUUUCUCACAGAUAAAGUCACAACUAUUCAUUAA